GAACGUCGGUAACGUCGUGCCCGUUUUGUAUGAGCAAAAACCAACGUUAAAUUGUGCAAAACCUCUACGGAAGUGCAUUCUACGUGGUCGCCAACGUUUUGGCAUCGGUGUCGGUGUGUUUGCAGGGACUGGCAGUGUGUUGGAAAGGCAAAUUGCAACGCUUUUCCAUCUUUGCACAGUACAAGCGCAACCAACAUAAAGGAAGAAGAAGCGGAAGCAGCAACUGCAGCUUGUUUUUCCAUUUGUGUGUUACGUGCGCGUGUGUGUGUAUGUAUGUAUGUACCGUGUGUCUGGUGCAUCGAAAUCAAAGAAAGCCGUGACACGACUCCCCGCGUGUUUUGUGUGCUGUACGCGCACUUAAAUUAGAAGAGUGAAAGCAUAGCAGGAAAGUGUGUGGUGUUGUGUGCCGAGUGUGGUGCACGUUGCAGAGACAAAGCGAGAGAAAGAAAGAGUUCACAAUUUUGUGAAGCGAUAAAAUACUAAAUUACUGUACUUUUGAAUUGACUUACUUUGGGUUAUAACACCCAGAUUAAGAACUCCUGCAAUCACUCUGUAUUCGCGCUCGUGUGUGUGCGCCCGUGUAUAGAAGUGGAAUUGAAGCAACAACAAAACACUGUUUCGCUUUAAUAUUUUAUCGUGAAAAAAAACAAUUGUACUACAAAAAAACUACUGCACAUUGUGUCCCAAAACCUACGGUGGAAGGAAGACAACAAAACCAUACGAACGCUCACUGUAAUAUGAGUAAUGCUAUUAACCAAAAUGGUACAGGUCUAGAACAGCAGUUUGCUGGUCUGGACUUGCAGCAGAAGCAGCAGCAACUUGGCGGCGGCGGAGGCAGCAACCCAGAAUCCGGAAAUCCUAAGCAUCCGGCCGGGCGGUACGUUCCACCGCAAUUGCGAGAAUGUGCUGAUAGUGGCGGCGACUUUCAACCUUCUGAAUCCGGUGCCGGCGGUAUACCUGUAAGCGGCGGCGGCGGUAUCGGAGGUGGAGGUGGCAGACGAGGAUUUGGUGGCGAUUCGAACCGGAAUCGUGGCGGCGGCGGUGGUGAUUACGGACGCUACGGCGAUCGUGACUAUCGCGGAGGUGACUACAAUAGACGUAGCGGAGGCGGAGGCGGCGGCGGUGGAGGUGGCCGCUAUCAAAACGAUCGACGCGGCGAUUAUGGCAACUAUGGUCGAGGCGGUGGCGACCGGGGCUACAACAAUGGGCGCGACGGUGGCGGCUACCAGCGGGACCGCGGGGACGGCGGAGGCUAUCAGAAUUCUGAAGGUUACGGAGGCGAUCGCCGGGACAACUGGCCGGCGUACGGUGGCGCUCGUGGUGGUCCGGCUGGCGGACCUCCGACCGGUGGCCGUGAUAGGCCAAUGGAUGGGCCACCACCACAAAACGAUCGCUGGCAGGAGCCGGGACCGGCGAUGGGUCCGCCGGGACCGGGCAGUGUCGGUAGCGGUGGCGGAACAGGACCCGGCGAGGGUGGAGGCGCCGGCGGUCGAUCGUUCUACGAUCGGGGAGCGAAUGGCGGAGGAGGAGGCGGUCGUUGGACGGGUGGUUCCGAUCGGCGCGACGGUCGAGGAGGUAGCGGAGGAGGUGGUGGCGGCGGAGGAUACGGAUCCGGACGUGGUCAGAUCGACUACACGAUCCUUACCGAGCGGGACGAGCGUCUGGAGGCGGAGCUGUUUAAACACGGCAACACCGGUAUCAAUUUCAGCAAGUACGAAGAUAUUCCCGUGGAGGCGACGGGCGAUGAUGUGCCGGGACACAUCAGCAGCUUCGACGACAUUGAGCUGACAGAGAUUAUCGAGAAUAACAUAAAGCUGGCACGCUACGACAAACCGACACCGGUGCAGAAGUACGCUAUACCGAUCAUUCUGUCCGGGCGCGAUCUGAUGGCAUGCGCCCAGACGGGAUCGGGCAAGACGGCCGCCUUCCUGGUGCCGAUCCUGAACCAGAUGUACAAGCAUGGUGCCGCACCCCCACCACCCAACCGGCCGAUGAACCGGCGCAAGCAGUACCCACUGGGGCUGGUGUUGGCGCCGACCCGCGAAUUGGCCACUCAAAUUUUUGAAGAAUCGAAAAAGUUCUGCUAUCGGUCGCGUAUGCGCCCGGCCGUUCUGUACGGUGGUAAUAAUACGCAGGAUCAGAUACGCGAUCUCGAACGGGGGUGUCACUUAAUCGUGGCGACACCCGGUCGGCUGGAGGACAUGAUCGGGCGUGGUAAGGUCGGGCUGGACAAUAUCCGGUUCCUGGUGUUGGACGAAGCCGAUCGCAUGUUGGACAUGGGUUUCGAGCCCCAGAUUCGGCGCAUCGUCGAGGAAAGCCGAAUGCCGGUGACGGGCGAACGUCAAACGCUCAUGUUUUCGGCCACCUUCCCGAAAGCUAUCCAGGAGCUGGCGAGCGAUUUCCUGUAUCGCUACAUUUUCCUCGCUGUAGGUCGUGUCGGUUCGACCUCGGUCAACAUUACGCAGACGAUCUUCUGGGUAGAGGAAAACAUCAAGCGUUCGCAUCUGCUCGAUCUGCUGUCGAACAUUACGGCACAGAACGACGAGGACGCUGAGAACUGUCUGACGCUGAUCUUUGUCGAGACGAAGAAGGCGGCCGAUUCGCUGGAGGAGUUCCUGUACAACCACAGCUACCCGGUUACGAGCAUCCACGGCGACCGUACGCAGUCGGAGCGUGAGGAAGCGCUCCGUCUGUUCCGUUGUGGCCGCUGCCCGAUUCUGGUCGCAACAGCGGUGGCCGCCCGUGGUUUGGACAUUCCGAACGUGAAGCAGGUGAUCAACUUCGAUUUGCCGGCCGAGGUAGAGGAGUACGUGCAUCGUAUCGGUCGUACCGGCCGUAUGGGCAAUCUCGGUACUGCAACGUCCUUCUUUAACGAGAAAAAUCGUAACGUUGCCAAUGGGCUGGUGCGGCUGCUCGCCGAAACGGGCCAGGAAAUUCCCGGCUUCCUGGAGGAUAUGACCAACAGCCGCGGGUAUGGUGGAAGCCGCCGCGGCAGGGUACAACGAGGAGGUGGUGGUGGAUCAACGUUCGGAUCACGAGAUUAUCGUCAGCAGAACAAUGCCCGCUCGGGUGGUGGACCGCGCGAUCAUCGCCAGAUGGGUGGCGGUGGUGGUGGUGGUGGUUCCCGUGGAUACGGAGGCGGCGGCGGCGGUGGCGGUGGUGGUGGCGGUGGAUACGGUGAACGUGAUGAUGGUUAUGGACGCAACGGCAUUGGUGGAGGUGGAGGAAGCUAUGGCGGCAGCUACAGCAACAACGAUGGAGGCAACGGUGUCGACUGGUGGGGCGAUGGUUACUGAGACGCACAACAGCAGCGUCCAGCAACGCACACUAGCUACUACAUGCACCGCAAUCUACACCCCGCUACGAAGUAGUCCCGGUCAAUAAAUAGCAGCAGUAGUAACAACAACAACCACAUGAACUAACACUUUGCUCUAAGUAAAUAAACACUCUCAUGCGCAUUCAUACACUACACACAUAAUACACUGGCAACAGUAUAACAAAUCUGCAAUCUGGUCCGCAAACAAAAAAUCACACUAAAACACCGUGAAAUAUGGAGGAAAGGAGUAGGGAUGAAUGAAUGUGGUUUGAGAGAAAGUAGUGAAACUAUUUGUGAAAGGAAGCAAGUCCCCCCCCCCCCCCCCCCUCCCCAGAGUAGCGAGGGAAAUGAGGUCGCGCAAGUUAGGGAUGAUGCGUAAAAGUCUCACUACACCGUCGCAAAUCCGUUUUGGUAGCGGACACACAAACUGAGAGAGGGUUUAAGCAAGAGACAGCCCGGUACGCGCGCCCGGAUUAAGAAGGUAAUCAGUGUGGGUCUCUGCGAAGAGGUGUAUUUUGUUCUCCAGAGGCCAGCUGUGGAGCCAGUGGAGUAGCGAACGGAGCAGCAGAACUGUUAAACGAAUAAUUAUGGAGCUGGUUAGCAAAAACGUAUAUUUAGACAUAACCUUAUUUUUCUUGCUGGAGCGACACAUUUGCGAACUUUCUAAAUGAAGUGAUCAGAUGUGAGAAUGAUUCACUAGCGGUAUGAAGCAACAAACUGUAUGGGUGUGCGUGUUCGGUGGGUGGUGUACCCUUAUUAAGGUAGUUGAGGCAGCAUUCGGCAGAAUUGCGAGAAGAAAAAACAAGGAACUAAAACCCAUGAAUGAUAAACACACGAGCGCGUGUGUGUGUGUAUGCGCGCUGGAAGCCGGAAAACAUUGGCUCUUAAGUUAAGAAACGCAAAAAUGUGAGUGUGAAAUUCUAACGUGAAAUAUUGCAACAACAAACAAGAAAAGAACUUGGCAAUUGAAGCCAACUAAUGAAUUUCCCGGUUAUAAUUUAUGUUUUACACUUUAUUACUAAAAUGGACCGGAGCAGCCGCGCACCGGUAAAUGUGGAGUCUAUUAAACGAAAGAACAAUAAUCACA